AUGAGAUUUAAAUAUGUUUUUAUUCUGUUGUCUAAAAGAGUUCUGAAUGUAUGUCGGCAUUGGGUGGAACAUCAUUUCUAUGACUUUGAAAGAGACGCAGAACUAUUAAGUCGUCUAGAAAAUUUCAUUGGAAAAGUAAGAGGUAAAGCCAUGAAGAAAUGGGUUGAAUCUAUUACUAAAAUCAUCCAGAGGAAAAAACAAGCACAAGCAAAUGGACCAGGCCAUGCUAUUACAUUUGAAACAUUGCCACCUCCUAUAGAAUGGCAUAUAAGUAGGCCUGGUCAAAUUGAAUUAUUUGAUCUGCUAACUUUGCAUCCAAUAGAAAUUGCACGGCAGCUAACAUUAUUAGAAUCAGACCUUUAUAGAGCUGUACAGCCUUCUGAACUAGUAGGAAGUGUUUGGACAAAGGAUGACAAGGAAAUAAAUUCUCCAAACCUUCUCAAGAUGAUCAGGCACACUACUAAUCUCACUUUGUGGUUUGAGAAAUGUAUUGUAGAAACUGAAAACUUGGAAGAAAGAGUCACAGUUGUCAGUCGAAUAAUUGAAAUCCUGCAAGUUUUUCAGGAAGUAAACAACUUUAAUGGAGUGCUGGAAGUGGUCAGCGCUAUGAAUUCAUCUCCAGUUUAUAGGCUGGAUCACACCUUUGAGCAAAUACCAAGUCGACAGAAGAAGAUUUUAGAGGAAGCUCAUGAACUGAGUGAGGAUCACUAUAAAAAGUACUUGGCCAAACUCAGGUCCAUCAACCCUCCAUGUGUACCUUUCUUUGGAAUAUAUUUGACUAACAUUUUGAAGACCGAGGAAGGUAACCCCGAUUUCUUGAAAAGACAUGGUAAAGAAUUGAUAAAUUUCAGUAAGAGAAGGAAAGUGGCAGAAAUAACGGGAGAAAUCCAACAGUACCAAAACCAGCCGUAUUGCUUACGAGUGGAACAGGACAUCAAGAAAUUUUUUGAAAACUUAAAUCCAAUGGGAAGCAGUUUGGAGAAAGAAUUUACAGAUUACUUGUUCAAUAAGUCAUUGGAAAUAGAACCUCGAAAUGCCAAGACGUUACCUAGAUUUCCAAAGAAGUUUAGUUAUUCACUGAAGUCUCCUGGUGUCCGACCAUCUAACCCGAAACAUCCAGCAUCAAGCAAUCCCCGUGUACAUCCUACACCACUACAGCAGGAACCACGAAAAAUUAGUUAUAGCCGAAUCACGGACAAUGAGACCGAAAGUAUAGCUUCAGCACCCAAUUCUCCACGUACACCCCUGACGCCACCCCCUGCUUCUACAGCAUCAAGCUCCACAGACAUCUGCAGCGUGUUUGGCGAUUCCGACCCAGCUAGUCCAUUCUACUCAAGCAGUGAUAUCAUAUUUCCCCCAGUUUCACUGCCCCAUGGCGCAAGGUCAGUAUCUAUCUCUUCAAUAACAAGUUGCAAUAAAAUUAUUGAUGAAGCUCACAUCCCUCCUCCUGUUCCACCACGGAGACGACCUGAAUCGGCUCCAGCAGAAUCAUCACCGUCCAAGAUCAAGUCAAAACAUUUGGAUAGUCCACCUGCUAUUCCACCCCGUCAACCAACAACAAAAGUCUAUUCACCGAGGUACCCGAUGUCAGACAGGUCCUCCAUAUCAGAGCCUCCAGAUAGCCCUCCCAGUUUACCACCCCGAGAACCUGUACGAACUCCAGAUGUAUUUUCAGGCUCACCUUUACCUCUCCAGCCUCCACCCUUGGGUAGAAAGAACGAGCUCCCCAACACUUUCUUCCCUAACUCGCCAACACCUUUUAUUCCACCUCCUCCUCAAACACCUUCUCCUCUGGGAACUCGCAGGCACCUUCCAUCCACUCCUUUGCCACAAGAUAUGGAUGGCACCACCACUGCUGGACCACCUGUUCCACCAAGACAGAGCUCCACUUCUCAAACGAUUCCAAAGCUUCCACCAAAAACAUACAAAAGGGAGCAUACACAUCCAUCAUUUCAUCGAGACGGGCCACCUCUGCUUGAAAAUGCUCACUCCUCUUAAUUUGGAUGCAAUUUUUAAACACUACAGUCUCUUGAACAUUGCUGAGAUUGCAAUAUGGGACAAUGAAAACUUUUUUUAGGCUAAGAUAUAUUCAUGCCUGAACUGGUGAGUUUUGUCAAUACUGAAGUGGAGUUUCCAUCAAUUUGACUUCUGUUUUUAUCGGAGCAAUGGAAAACAAACUGAACAGUUGUGCCUAAAAACUGGAUCAUGUUGAGUUUACUGGUAACUGAUAAUACAGAUGUAGUUUUAAGUGCCAGUAAUAAAGUAAUAUUUAGCGAAGAGGAAUAAUCUGGAUCAGCUAGCCACAGGAGGUUAGUGCAAAAGUGCUUUGCACAUUCCAACCUUAAAGAGGUUUGAUGUUUCACAUGAUCAUGCCUUGGUUAAAUAUUUUAAGUGUUUCAAAAAAAAAAGACUUCUGGAAAUGCAUUAUCGGUACCUAGACUAAUAAACACAAGUUUGCUCUCCACAGUAACUGAAGUACUUGUGUUGGAAUAUGGGUACCUGCUACACCAAAGAGGUGCGUUCUUUGUAGAGGCUCAAGUUCUACUGGAGAAAUCCUUCAAUGAAAAUGUAGCACCCAUCUUCAUUAGACAAGGGAACACAUUUUGAUCUGGUUUUAUUACACUGUAAACAAGCUGAACUUAGCCCAGAUGCAGCAUAAUGUGGAAUAUUAAUAUUUACAUUUUCAGUUAGUUCUGACAUAUUGCUCUUUUAAACUGUGCUUUUAUUAUAAAGAAGAUGUAAAGCCUCGAGAUAAUCUACGCCAUCGCAUCAACUUUGCAGUAUCUGAAGUUUUCAACAUUCAAAAUGUAUUAGAGAUGCCUUACUUUUAGAAGCGAUAUACCUUGUAAGAGCUUAGGCUUGUCAUCCAAUCAGAUGAGCAAAUGUUUACAUGCCUAGGGCCAGGUUAGUCUGUAGGGCAUAAUGGAAGGAAUUAUAUAGUGCAUAUUAAUAUCUAUAGAUUAACUGUUUUGUAAUUUCAACCACUGAUUUAACCAAACUAAGUAGAAGCAUUAGAAUCAAGUCUUUACAGCCCAAAUUAUAUUAGGACUAUAUUGUGUUGCUUAAUGUAAGUAACCUUUAGAGUGCUGUGAAAAUGGAAAAUGUUGCAUUCAUUCGUGGGACUUGAGGGAGGGAAGUCAUCGAAUCUAGGAUUGCUCAAUAUAGACUUUAGAGCCAUAAAAGUGUGAUUCAAGAUUGGAGGAAACAUUACAACAUUAUCCUCUGAAAAAUGCAUGAAAGACAAUGUGUAGUGGAAUGUCACCUUCUCAAAUAUAGUAAUUUGUGUUGUGUUCCCGAUUAACAUUAUAGCGGCCUCGGUACCUCAAAUGUCAACCUCUUUGUAAGAGGGUGUGGAAGACUAUAUAGCUAAUUAGAGUUGUUGCAACAAGAGAUGAUAGUUCUUCCAGACAUUGAUUCCCACAGAUCCUUCUCUUUACAAAACAGCAUCACUUUUUGUUGGUCCAGAGUAGAUUUUUCAAACAGAAAGCUCCAUUCAUAACUUUGUCAAAAUUAGCAUUUCUUCUCAGAGUAUAAUAUAAGUUAUGAAACAAAAUGAAUUUCAUGUUGUACUCCUGUUGAGUACAAAUACUUAUAAAGCCUAAGGUCACAAAAGUUUGACCAGUUUCCCUGGUUUUUAAUGCUAUAGACUACCAUUUCAAGUCCCAGAACCAGGAAUGUCAGGCUUUUAAAGUGCACGCAAUGGUAGAUGUAGCACAUGAUAUAACUGCAAACCUUCCAUUGCUGUUUUUAUCAACUCAGAACUGAUUUUUUUUUAAAAGCAUAUCUUGGUAUUAGUCCUAAUGUUCUGAUAUUUUGAAUUGGGUUAUUUGAUAAGUCUUCAUUCCAGUAGCUUACAUGUUGUGAUCUGAACAAAUACACUUAAUGCAUGCUCAUUUUAAAAUAAAUCAGUUUAUUGCCACUACAGUGAAUAAAUAAAUCACCUAGAACUAUUACACAUACUGUAGCUAAAUAGAGUUCAUUUUGGUAGAUUAUUAUGCUUUAUUUCAAAAUAUUUCAGUAGCAUAUUUGGGUCAUCCAAAUAAUACUAAAACUCAUUUCAACAGGGCAUUAAGCACUUUGACAUAUCAGUGGCUAUGCUGUUUCAGUUUACCUAUUGAUAGGGCUGGCAAAUUAGUAUUUCUUUUACAAAAUCUUGACCCAAGAAUAGCAAAAUAAGCAUUAAAUUAUUUUAAGCAAGAGUUUGGCUUAUUGAUGUUUCCUUUUAUCUUUCAAUUUUUUUUAAAUCAAAGAAAGGAAAAUGGCAACAUUUUAACAAUUUCUUUUACAAAAAUAUUUGGCAAAAACUAAGUUAAACCAGUCUUAAAUAUGUUACCAUGAUAUGAAAUACUUUAAUACUUUAAUCGCAAAGGUGUCGUAUUAAGGCUGUUUACUUAGUAUCUCUGGGCAAAAAAAAGUAUUUUUAGUUUCAUAAAUUUGUAAACCUCUUAUGCAUCAUCAUUUGGUUAAGAAUUAUCCUAUUCCUUUGCCAACUAACCUUGUGCAGUGUUUAUUGAUAUUUUAAGCCUGUCAACACAUGUUAAACCACCCGUGAAUUAUAAGCAUGUGUGUAAAUUGAACAGUUUUGCCAUUAUGGAGAGCAGUAAAUGGACGGAAAGCUAAAUUUAGAGCCUAAUUUUAUUAAUGCUUAAAAGGGAGAUUUUAAUGAAAAAUGUUUGUUGGGGGAAGAGAUUGCAGAUCAGUUGAUUUUAUUUUCAGGGAUAUGUACCAGUUGUAAACUGUCAAUUCCAGUGUGCAGUUCUGUUAACAUUCUUCACAUCCAAUUGGAUCUAUUUAGAAAUUAAGAGAAAGCACUUGAAAACCAAACUUCCUAACCAUGCAAGCUUAGCUAACUAUGGGCUGGACUCCAUAGUCAUCACCCAUCAUCGACCUGAUCUAAAGAAACUGUAUCCCAUUUGUAAGCCUAGGUAGACUGGAUUAAAUUAAAUCCAUGCAAUUUGCUUUAAGUAAAUACCAGCCUGUUUAAAGUAUACAUUGUUCAUUUUAAAAUUCAAAUUUAAUAUAGUUUUAAUUGUGUUCAAAGAGUUAUUGGCUGGUUUAAUUCUGUACAGUACUGCCAUCAUUUUUAAAUUUUAUAUUCUUUGAGAGCUUGGGAUAUGAAAAAAAAGUGUAAAUGCGUUUCUUUAAAUCUAACUGUAUGUCUGGAAAAGGUACAGUGUCUCCUUUAAAGUACAUUGCCUUUUAUAAUGUAGUUUGUGAGUAAAUGCUUUUAAUGAGUAGCAAACUGAACAAGCCUUCCUUCAUAGAAGAGUAAACUGCAGCAUGUCACAGCAAAGAGUAAAGGUGACCUUUGAUACUUAAAAAUCUAAGACUCUCCCUGGGUGACUUGGUUUGGAAAGUCAAGGUUAUAAAUGAAGUCAUUUAAUUGUGACUGAAUAUGUAGUAAUGCGUCCUGUACUGUUUGUGCCAGACACACACGUCAGUUUUAGCAGCGCCAAAUGUGCCUUUUUAGUCUCAUUUUCUUUUUGAACAGAUUUUUUUUUAAAGAUUUUUUUUGAAAGGAGUUAUAUUCACCAGAGAACAGGCCUUUCAGCUAUAAAUGUACAUAUUGACAGUAAAAUUGUAUGUGUAUAUAUGUAAUAAUGCAUUUGUUUUAAUGGCAUGGUUAAAUUUAGCUUCAAUUACAUGUAAACAGUUAAGUGAAGCUGACCAGAUGUAAGAACAAAGUGGUAUUUUUUUUUUCCCCUGGCACAUCUAACAUGACCUGUGUACUUCAACCAUGUCUGUAGAACUUUGUAUUCUAUGCUAGGAAUAACAGUAUUCAUUUUGCAUUGAAAUUAUAAUAAUUGCUGUUUGUUUUCCUUGUAUUGAUUACAGUAAUAAGUAGUAUUCAGAAAGAAUGGGAGCAAGUGCAUAAUGGCUUACAAAAUACAAGCCACAGCAAAUGUACACAAUAAUAAAAAAAAGGUUUGCCUUAAAAACUUUUAUCCAAAGUGUAUUAGACUGACUUGAUUUUUUGGGUUGUUUUAUGUAUUGCACCAGAUUAAUUGCUCCUUUUGGGGGGAGGGGGGGGUAUUUUUAAGGCAGGUUUAAGUGUCUUAUUUUUUUCAACUGGUAUGUAAAUCCUUGAAUGCUUUGCAAUGGGAAUUAUUUUUGCCUAAUUUUGUAUGUAAUUAGGUUUUGUUCUCUUUAAAUGGUUAUGAUAAAUUUCAGGUGUCAAAUGUUGUUUUUCCUUUUAAUUUAUAAAAAAAAGAAAACUGCAUAUUAAAAGUCUUUUUA